AUGUUCAGCUAUGAGAAAUGUAAGGGGAAGGUGGCCUCAUUUGGACGUAACCUUGACCGUGCCACAUUUUUCAUGAGUUCAGUCAUCGGAACCGGAAAUUUAUGGCGAUUUCCCAUGAUGCUUGCUGUUUAUGGAAAUAAAGGCGGUUUGGUAUUUAUUUUGGCAUGGCUAUUACUUACCUUUAUUUGGACUUCUCCAAUAAUGAUUCUGGAAUGUGCUCUGGCGCGAUACGCAACAGAAGGUGUUUUGGGUUCUUUUCGACAGUUAUUCGGAAACCGGUUUCUAUGGAUGGCAGCUUGGGUCUGCCUCGUCUUAUUCUUCAUAACAUCAUAUUACUGCGUUCUGAUUGGUUGGAAUAUGUAUUAUUUUAGUUACUUCCUCGUUAACCCUUUACCAACAGCCGUGGAAGAGAGUCACGCCAUUUUUGAAAAUUUCACAUCGUCCAAAUGGGGUUUCCUGACCCAAGGCUUAUGCAUCUUGUUGGCCGGGCUCUCCGUUCUCUCGGGAUACAAACUGAUUGAGAAAACAAAUCGAGUCCUCGUUCCUUUCUUGCUCUUUAGUCUUCUGUACGGAUUCUUCACGGCUUUGUGCCAAAGUCACUCAAACCUUGGAAUCCAGUUAAUGUUUAAGCCAAACUGGGAAUCAUUGACAAAUGUUCAUGUGUGGAUUGGGGCAAUGGGUCAGAAUGCUUUCGAUACAUGGGCAGGUACUGGAAUCCUCACACGCAUCUCGGCCUUCGCUUUCCCGCCCAUCAAAAUCGUCCAGUACAGUGUACUGAUACCAGCAAGUAAUAAUGUCAUAAGUCUCCUGGCUGGGAUAAUGCUGUUCAUCAGUGCCAUGGCAACAGUUAGCUUUGAACCAUUUGCAACUUCUCAUCAAACAUUAGUUGGUAUCUACGAUCGUUAUAAUUACGAAUCUUUUAUGUAUAUUUGGGCUCCGAUGCUGUAUAUGAAGGAUGGAACGUUUGGUCGUAUCCUUGCCAUUAUCUUCUUUCUGUCCUUAACCGUUGGAGGAAUUUCACAAAUGAUAUCCUCGAUAGAAGUAUUACUUGGAAUUUAUAUGGAAUUUGGUCGUAAACGUGUGAUUGGCAUUGUUGUUAUCAGUUGUGCAAUAUUUUUGAUGGGAAUACCAUCAACCCUGUACAGAAGCUUCCUGUGGGGACAGGAUUACACUUGGACCUUCGGGACAACAAUGAGCGGACUUAUGUUUAUCACAAUUGCAUUAGGAAUAGGAACUGAUCACAUUCGAGAGAAAAUUAUUAACAUUUUCAAAAAUGACUGGCACUUACCAAAAGCAUGGGAUUACAUGAUCAAAGUUAUCUGCCCUUUGGAAAUCACGAUUCUUGUUAUUUGGUGGUUGUGUGUCAUCAUCAUUGGAGAACCACCGGAUGUCAAUAAGCUCAAAUUGUUUUCGGAGUGGAUCAUCGUCAUGUUUUUCCUGAUUCUUGCCAAUGGAAUUUACCUCUUGUGUAUGAAAUAUUUCCGACAUUACUUUGUGGAUGAAGAGGAGAACAUCAUUUUUCAACCAGAGGAAAUCUAUCGUAAAUAUUCCACAAACAUCUUCCAUGAAAAUGAAGAGGCAAUAAAAACAUUAGCAGAAAGCAAAAACUGA